AUGGCUGAUGGAGGAAAUGUUGCUUUACAUGAGAUAGAUGGCUUAGUUGUGGUAUUAAAGCUACAAGGAGCAUGUGGGUCAUGUCCAAGUUCAACAAUGACACUGAAAAUGGGAAUUGAAACUCGUCUUCGUGACAAGAUUCCAGAAAUUAUGGCGGUAGAGCAGAUUUUGGACACGGAGACAGGACUUGAACUAAAUGAGGAAAAUGUAGAAAAGGUUCUUUCGGAGAUUAGACCAUACCUCUCAGGCACCGGAGGAGGUGAACUUGAACUUCUCCACAUUGAUGAUUAUGUAGUCAAGGUUAGACUGAGUGGGCCUGCAGCUGCUGUGAUAACCGUUCGUGUUGCAUUAACACAGAAACUCAGGGAAAAAAUACCUGCAAUUGCUGCUGUCCAGUUGAUGGAUUGACAAAAAAAUCCAGAGAGACAUCGUGCAUAGUAAAAUCGAGAAGAAGAAGAAGAUAGUUGGAAGGAAAUGUAAUGUUUCCUCACAGGUUUUAAUUUGUUCUUUGUGCAUAUUUACAGCUGUUUUCUGUAUACAACAUUAGGGGACACCCACUACAGAGAAAAGAGCAAAUUGUUCCAAA